CCGAUAUGUACCAUAACACCGCUAAUCUCGCUGCACCCGCUGCAUCUAGUGGUGGGGACAAUUGAUCUACUUUCAGCUACGCAUUCCGGAACGGCGAGCAAUAUCAAAUACCUUGCAGUCCUAGUCUACGACUCUUCUACUUCCUAGUCGUGUGCACAUCUGCCGAACUUACUAACUAGUUGGUUCACAAACUUCUUACCCCCGCGGACACAGACACCAGUUUACACGUGGACUAGCUCUUGUACUUGGAAAUGAUGGACUACGUGGAUGAAAACUCGACUAGUAUCUAUCACGAUACGGUAUCAAUAGGUGGAGGCUCCGCGUUUCCCCAGAUACAACCAACUUCCAGACCGAGAACCGAGUCGCUAGAUAUGAGUCCUGAAUCAUCACUGGUCGUCGAUAUUUCUGGUGCAAUGAGCGACAAGGACAAAGUACUCUUCACUGUUCACACAAAGACCACACUUCCGGAGUUCAAACAGACUGAUUUCACUGUCAAACGGAUGCACGAGGAGUUUGUGUGGUUGCAUGACUACUUGGUGGAGCAUGAGCCGUACGCAGGUCACAUUGUCCCCCCAGUUCCGCCCAAGCCAGAUUUUGAUGCUUCACGGGCGAAACUUCAACGACUUGGUGAGAGUGAGGGAUCGAUGCCCAAGGAGGAUUUGCAAAAAAUGAAAGCUGAGCUGGAGGCUGAAUACCUGGCCACCUUCAAAAAGACGGUUGCAAUGCAUGAGGUAUUCCUCCAGCGUCUAGCCACUCACCCCACAUUCCGACUUGAUCACAACUUUCGAGUGUUCCUCGAAUACGAUCAGGAGUUGAGCGUUCGUACAAAAACCAAGAAGGAGAAAGCAGCAGAUUUCUUCAAGUCUGUAUCUAAGAGUGCAGAUGAAGCCCUUCGUCUUGCCAACCAACGAGACGAAGACCAGUUUUUCAGAGAGGAGAAGUGCAUUCUCGCCUCGUACCACUCGGCAAUCAAAGAUGCCACCGCUGCCGCGGACUGUGCGAAUCGAAAUCGGAGAUCAAUGGCGGAAAAUCUGCUGCGAGUCACCUUGUCCCUGGACAAUUUGGUCCCAAAAGAGCGGAUGUGCACACCGGAAGCGGAGUACGUUCAUUCUGAACAGCGCGCAUACCCUUUUGAAAAUUACGGACGCAAGUUGUGUAAAUCUGACCUUUCUACGUAUAUAUUUUACCAGAAAACCCAAGUACGCUUGGCGUCUGAUGAGGAUUUGAAAUUCUCGGAUACCCUUCGCUACUAUGCAAGCGAUGCAGGGGCUGCAAAAGAUUUGCUUUAUCGACGAAGUCGAGCUCUUGCAGACUACGAGGCAGCUAAUCGGGCGCUGGACAAAGCUCGGGCAAAAAUGAAAGAUAUUCAAGCAGCCGAAGAUGCUCAAUUCGCAGCCAACAAUCGUUUCAAGGCCAUUUCCGAGUCAGCUAGGCUCGAACUCGAGGAUUUUAAAGUUCGCCGGAUCAAGUACUUUCAAAAGAACCUUAUUGAGCUGGCCGAAUUGGAAAUGAAGCACGCCAAAACACAUAUUGAUCUGAUUAAGUCCACCCUGGAUCGGCUUAAAGAUGUGCAGCCAGGAACCUGUGGAGGUCUUUCAAAACUAUCCGCAAACGUACCAUCGGCGCAGUCAAUCACGACUUCCUCACCGGACGCUUUCGGCGAGUAGCGUUGCUUAUCACACAGCAGUGCAUUCGGAUUGUCAAUGCACAAAUAAACUCCCGCGUGAUUUUCAUGAAUUGGCCCCAUGUUUACCUCGCUAACACUGAGCAUCAAUCAUCUGUAACCAUGUCUGCGUAUAGCAACUUAAUCUUAUGUGAUAAUUAUGCAACUUGUCCGGGCGAACAACGCCGAACGUGUUUUGGGGUCGACCACCCGGUAACCCGUUCCUGCCCCAUAAAAACGCCAAAAUAUCGGUUGAUCAAUCUGAUUACGUUGGAAUCUCUUUUGCACUCGCAUAUGCACACUAUCUUACUUCCCUAUCCGUAUCACAAUCAUCGGCUGUGUUCAAACCAGGUCUCUUUUCUCCCUUCGUGAGCUCCAUUUUUUGAUUGCCCUCGCUUCAUGAUGACGUUCGUGAUUUGCCGUCCAUUUGUUUUGCGCAGUUCUCGUGUGUGUGUGUGUGUGUGUGUGUGUGUGUGGAUUCAAUGAAAUGUUUCGCCAAACCGAUUCAAUAUUCCAGCUUGAGCUUGUUUUCUG